AUGGGCGUUUUCCUGCCUUUCUUUUAUGCGUCUGUCCUCUCGCUGCAGUUUUCUAAGCAAGGGGUUGACACAGGAGACAUGUUGCUUUGCUGCUCUCCGCGCCCCACUUUCGAUCUCGAUCCUGUGCACCAAGUGUUCUUCGCUAGGCACCCGAACCCCGCUGACCGAACUCGGUGCCUACAAAGGCUGCCAUCUCAGCCUUUCUUUCUCAAGGAUGCAGUGACUGAAGUGAAGACAGAUAUCUAUGUGACCAGUUUUGGCCCUGUGUCAGACACUGAUAUGGAAUAUACUAUUGAUGUGUUUUUUAGACAGACAUGGCAUGAUGAAAGACUGAAAUUUGAUGGACCAAUGAAGAUCCUUCCACUGAACAAUCUUCUGGCUAGUAAGAUAUGGACUCCAGAUACCUUCUUCCACAACGGUAAAAAAUCAGUGGCUCACAAUAUGACCACACCCAACAAACUGCUCAGACUGGUAGACAAUGGGACCCUCCUCUAUACAAUGAGGUAAGAGAGUGAUAACCCCUACACAGAGUAUAGUGGAGCUAGGACUUAAAUUGCAAGUUGUGGAUUUUAGGAUAUACACUGAAAAUUUCUUUGGUUUAUCAUAUUAAAUGCUUUCUUUCAUAACAGUUGCCG